UGGAGGCCCAUUUACAUGGGAAGGUGACGAGCCGUAAACGGGACCGAGGGCUCAUCAAGCCCUAGCGUUUGGGAUUCUAGUCCUUUGUAGAGAUUUGGUUGGUGCGUGGAGCGAGCAAAGGACCUAGCUUUUAGCCAAUCCAUUACUCGCAAGGUUCCCUCCUACCAACGCCGCCAUCCAUCUCUCCUCAUCCCUCAGCUGCUGCGACGCCGCUGGUUGGGAGUCUCGAAAUCUGUUUUCCAUGGCGGAAGCUGUCCCGGAGAAGCCUCUCUCUUUAGCCGAGCAAUAUUCGCUUCAAGGCGUCGAGAAGAUAGAUCGAGUUGAGGUUUCCAUUGAACAAACCCCUGAGAAGGAGAAUGCAGCCAAUGCCAGUUCAGGUGAAGUCAUUGCAGAAAAUGCUGAUGAGACCCUUGCAUCGAAAGCUAUUACAGAAAACACUGGCGAAACUGCUGUCCCUGAAUUUACUGAACAGACAACUGAUGCCGCCCCUGCUGUAGAGGAAGGAAGUGCUGUUGAAGCAACCAACGACCAAACGACAGAGGAACAAGAUACCGAAGAACAGGAAGUUGAAGAACGAGAGAUAAAGAUUGAGACAGCGCCUGCUGAUUUCCGCUUCCCGACAACCAAUCAAACAAGGCAUUGCUUUACUCGCUAUAUUGAAUAUCACAGGUGUGUGGCUGCUAAGGGAGAAGAUGCUUCUGAAUGCAAUAAAUUUGCCAAAUACUAUCGGUCACUAUGCCCAAGUGAAUGGGUAGAACGAUGGAACGAACAACGCGAAAAUGGCACCUUCCCUGGUCCUCUAUAAAUUGUGUUCCCGAUUCUCAGCAAGAUGCUUUUGAUUUGGAAGAUGUUAAUCAAUAAUGAUUUUGACUUGUGCACAAACCUGUCAAAAUCAGUGUUCUAACAAUUCGGCCAAAAAUUGCUUUCUUAAACACCGAGUGCAAGUGUUCUAACUCUCAUUUCUAAAAUUUUAUUUCUCUCUUAUUAGGAUGGCAAUCUAUUAUCAUUUGGAAUUA